CUACGCAUGCGUAUCGAGUAUUUUUUCGGUAACUGUUUGCUAUGUAUAAUAAUGAUGAAAUUAGAAGAUUGAUAUUUUUGUGAAAAUUAUUAAUAAUUGUAGCUUAUCGAUACGAGCGCUUAGAAGUUUUUCAACAUUUCAUCAAUCUCUCUACAAUUAAAAUAUGGUCUAGUUUCUAUUAUGCUCGAUGAAGUAAGUAGCGCCAUCCAUUGACUACUGCUGAAGCGAGUUUCAAGAAUAAUUUCAGGUGUAACAGUUGUAAACCGGUCAGCCACGUGUUCUAAGAAGUGCCUUUAAUUAAGUCUUUAGUUUGCAAACAAUAAAGAAAAAUGACUGCUUCCGAGCAAGACGACAACGAGUUAAAACAACUACUGAAUACUCCUGCGAGAAAUAUUACAGAAGAUAUAUGCAUGGCUCCGCCAUUAUCGACUACCGUGCCACGGCCCAGUACGUCUCAAAAUGUUAAUCCAUUGACUACCAUGAAUCCAAUGGUACCUAAUAUUCCCAAUAGUAUUAAAGAAAUUCCAGAGGCUUGUGUACAAAAUGUCGUUUCUACAGUUAACUUAGGUACAGAGUUAAGACUUAUGUACAUUAAUACAAGGACUAGAAAUUCAGAAUAUAAUCCAGCAAGAUUUACAGGAUUAAUUAUGAGAAUCCGUAAUCCCACAACAACAGCUUUAAUUUUUCGUUCUGGAAAAUUAGUCUGCACUGGAGCUAGAAGCGAAGAAGAUUCUUGUUUAGCAGCAAGAAAGUUUGCUAGAAUUAUACAAAAAUUGGGCUUUCCGGUCAAAUUUUAUAAUUUUAAGAUACAAAAUAUAGUUGCUACGUGUGAUCUUAAAUUUCCUAUUAAAUUAGAAAAUUUAAACCACAAGCAUGGUCAGUUCUCUAGUUAUGAACCAGAAAUAUAUUCAGGUUUAAUAUAUAGGAUGGUUUUGCCAAGGGUAGUGUUACUUAUAUUUGUCAAUGGAAAGAUCGUAUUAACUGGUGCAAAAGAUCGAUCCGAAUUACGAGAUGCAUUAAUUAAUAUUUAUCCAAUAUUGAAAAGUUUUAGAAAGUAGUAAGACUAUAUCAUAAUCUUUAUAAUUCUUAUUUUUGUAUCUUUUUAAACUAAUAUUUUUUUAUAAUUUAUCAAAACACACUUACAUAUAAACGCGAAACUUCAUUUAUUAAAAGUAUUACUUAAAUAUUUUGGUGUGUGCGUGCGUGCGUGCGUGGGUGUAUCUUCUUGUUUUUUUUACGAUCUUGACAAAAGCAAAUGAACGGUAUAAAGUGUAAUAAAAAAGAUCAAAUCAAUUGGAGAUACAGCCAACGAACAGCUCAAAUGUGAUAUAAGAAAGCUAUCUAAUCGAUCGGAAAGAAUAGUUUCUAAAGAAUAAAAAAAAUCGACGAUGGUGAGUGUUCAAGUAUUACUUUCUAAAAGAAAUAUACAUCAUUAAUGUAUAUAAACAAUUAGUUUAAAUAUUAAAUAAAAUGUCGAAAAUAAAUCGACUUUAAGUUGAUUGAAAAGAGAACUCAAUUUGAUGAAGGAACGAGAUAAUAAUUAAUAAUGAAUAAUUAUUAAUAAUUAAUUUAAAAUCGUUAACAUAUUAAAAGGAAUAAUAUUUUAACGAGGACGGACGGCUGAGCUGCAAUUGUCUCGCGUGUGUGUUACAUCUCGAAGAAAAAAGGAUAUUUUCGCAAUGAGUCGAAUUAUCAACAAUUUCUCGAACGAAUUUAUUCCUUUGCAAGAUAAAAUUAUGUUUUUUAUACAUAUGUAUUCUAAAUAUAGAUUUAUUAUUAAGUAAGGCAUAAUUCCUCGUGACUCGAGAUUGUUUAUAUAUGUAUAAAUCGAGAAUGUAUAAUAAAUUAUUCCGCACAAUUAUUUCAUAUCCUAUCAAGAGUAGUAUCGUAGUGGAAACUUUGCAGCGGAGCGAUAUGUAAGAUAUCUUGUACCUAGUCAGAUCAUAUUCGUUUUUUUUAUGGAAUUUAAAAUAAAACUGCAUGAUAAAUUUGUUAAUAAAAUGUAUAGAACGAAUCGUUUGAAACGAAAAAAAUGUUUCUUCUUUUUACAUGUAAAACCAUCCGUCCCGAUACAACACCUUAUUUAUACAUACAUACAUACAUAUAUCAAUAUAUAUACUUUACACAUUUUUUACAUCAAUGAACUAUACUGUUCGAUUUGGUAAUAGCAUUUUUUCGUGUGGUCGUUUUAAUG